CUCGAUCGAGUUUUAAUUACAGUGUUAAUUUCUGCCGUAAAAAAUUUUUAAUUCAAGCCACUGUGCAAGAAGGAUCGGAACCAGGCCUUAGCCUGAGCUCACGAUACGCGGCCUGGCUUCUAAGUCUGGUCAGUCCGAAGAAAGCACGUUACCAAGGCGACCAGGAGUCAGACAGCAAAAUGGCGGACAGCGUACAAGUUGAAGAGCCACAAAGAAGAGCUGUUGGGGGAACUAUAACGACAGGAAGGAUUCACAAAGGUCAUGGAAAGACAGUGGCAUCAGCUUCUAUUCCAAGUAAAUAUCAGACAAUAGUGAGUGACAACUCAGAGAGGAAAGGUUUCCUUUCAAGAUCCAAGCGCUUUGAAGGGAUGAAUGUGAGUGCAAACCCAGGACCCGGGACUUAUGGUGAGCUGAAAUCAACUGAAACUGCAAGCUCUUCCUUCUCCAAGAAAGGUUUUGGUGGAUUUGCAUCCAAGGCACGGCGUUUCCCAAGAGGAGUUAAGAAUACAGGUCCAGGCCCAGGUCUGUAUGAUCCCUCAGUGUCAAGAGAACACAACUUCAACAAAUCUACUGUCACAAGGAAUUUCCACCUUCCAAUUGCUUUGCAAAGGGACAUCAAAAAAGAACAGUUUCCAGCACCUAACCAAUAUUCAGUUGGUCGAACUACAGGAAGAGUUGUUUAUGACAAUAAUGUUGCAGCUUGUGCUGCAUUUCAAUCAAAAUCUAAAAGGUCAAAGGACUGGAGUACUGGAGCAAGCUAUGGACCAUCUCCAUGUCACUACACAAUCAAUGACACGCUUGUAACAGAUUCACCUAAAAUCGCCACAGCACCCUUUAAGUCCACGACAGAGAGAAAGAUGAUGCAGUCUCCUGUGCCAUACCCUGGGCCAGGGUCAUAUAAACCUUUUGAAAAAGUAGAUGUUUGUACAUCAAAGGAGCAACCAGGAUUUCAUAACAAGCACUACUUGUGUAUCUCGGCACCUGCGAUGCCCCUCCCACCCCUUGAACCUAUGCCAGGUCCUGGUCAUUACAAUGUGGUUGAUUAUGAAGGCCCCCCUAAACACUACAUGUCUAGUUCUGCCUUCGUCUCAACGACCAGUCGAUGGACAGGGGGAGUACUUGGAGAGGAGGACUCACCAGGGCCAGCAACCUAUCGACCACAGCAUUAUGGCAAACAGUCGUUCAUCUACAAUUCACAAGGAAGAUGGAUAUAGUCUACAUCCAAUUUGCAAUUUGCCUUUAGUGGAUUUUAUUACCAAAAUAAUUUAUGGACUUACUUAAAGUUAUUAACAAAUUAAUAUACUUGUUUUAAAACAUAAAUAACUAUUGAUCAAAAUAGGAACCAGAUACAAUGUACAUACAUGUAAAGAUGUGAAAACUGUACUGUUAUAUUUAUUGUCAAUUUCUCAGUCUGUAAUUUUGGUGUUUCUAGAUUGCAAAUUGCUCAUAUUCAUACAUCACAUAUUUUCAUUGCCUAAUAAAGUAUAUAUUAAGUGCAUGUAGAUAAAUGCAAAAGCUUAGGUUGUACAUUUUAAAGCUUGUGUAAAUAUUUCAAAAACUAAAGUUAUGUAACACUUACAGAUUAUGAUAUAUGUGUUUUUUUUAGUUUGAGCUCUGAAGAAAAUUGAGUUUCAAGUUCCACCAUGAUUUUAAAUUUUAAACCCACAUUUAUCAACCAGGUUGUAGGCACUACAGAAUGCAUAAUUCUUUAAUAUUAUAAAUAUAAUAAAAUGAUUUUAGCCAUUGCUCCCAGAACCAAACACAAAUCCCAGUGUGAGUACUUUUAUAAUGCAAAAAUAAGACUUUAUACUUUGGGAUUAGAAAAAUGUAUUUUUAUAAAAUAAUGUUGAGAGUUUUUUCAUGCAUGGUGUUAAUGCAUGUGAGGUUUGAAAAAUAAAAUUGAUGUUAAUUACA